GCAUAACGACGUUGUCCGUACACGCGGUCAUUGUGAACUCUACAACAAAUCGAUUAGUCAAAUAAAACGAAUGAGAACAGCUCUACAUAGUUCUCACAUUGACUAGGUUUAUUUAUAAACAUAAGCGAACGGUUCCCAUUUUGUUUACGCGUAGUUACUGGUAACACUUCUUUAUUUCAGAGUCAAUGGAUAUCUCUUGCUUGUAAGUGUAUACACGGUAUGUACAGAAAUGGGAGGCUAUCCAGAACACUGAAAGUACGGGUUACAGUAAACUAUCUACCGAACAGUUACAUCACCUUGACACGGAAUGCGCGGCCGUACACAUUUCCGAGCCUUCUGUAAGAAAACAGUUACACCGUCAAACAAAGAAAUGUCGUUGCGACGAGGUCUAGUAUUGCUCCCUAGACUGGGGUCAUUCUGCCAGAGCCUGAUGCGAGGUUUGCACAGCAGUCCACCCCCAUUCCAGACAGACCCAGUUAAGCAAUAUGAUCAGCAAAAGAAGCUGAAUGAAGAGGCUGGGGAGUUAACAGAACUUGUACGUGACUUUCUUGACCCGGCCACGUUUUUCAAUCAGCUCCGAGGGAUCGAUAUCAACUUCUUCUGCGGGGUACCAGACUCACUGCUGAAAGACUUCUGCGCAUAUGUGACAAACAAUGUAUCAAAAGAAAAUCACCUUAUCACUGCCAACGAGGGGAGUGCAGUUGCCCUAGCAACAGGCUAUCACCUGGCAACUGGAAAAGCAGCAAUGGUUUACCUUCAGAAUUCUGGCCUGGGUAACACAGUGAACCCGCUGAUGUCUCUAGCGGUCCCAGCUGUGUACAGCAUUCCCAUGUUGAUGCUGAUUGGCUGGCGUGGGGAACCUGGCAAACGUGACGAGCCCCAACAUAUCACCCAGGGCAAGACAACUCCAGGACUACUCGCUGCCCUGGGGAUCCCCUUCCAGCCCUUACCUGACUAUGAGGAGGGGGCAGGACUUGUGCUGCAGAGUGCCAGACACUACCUAGACUCUCACAAGGGGCCCUAUGCGCUGCUUGUCAGGCGGCAGACGUUCUCCCCAUACAAGCUGCCCAAGUUGCCUCCCGUGUUUCCACUGUCCAGAGAGAAAGCCUUGCAGCUGAUCAUUGACGGGUUGGGACCAAAAGACGUCAUAGUCGGGACAACGGGCAUGCUUUCAAGGGAACUAUAUGAAUACAGAGUGGCCAGGGAGGACGGCCAUGAGAGGGAUUUCCUCACCGUGGGCUCGAUGGGCCACGCCUCCUCUAUAGCCCUGGGCAUUGCCAUUCAGAAACAUAACAGACAGAUAAUAUGUCUGGACGGAGAUGGUUCAGUGAUCAUGCACAUGGGCGCCUUGGCGACUAUAGGUCAGCAUGGGCCAGAGAACCUGAAGCACGUAAUCAUCAACAACGGCUCUCACGACUCAGUGGGGGGUCAACCUACAGACGCAGGCAACCAUGACAACUUCAACUUUGGGGCCAUAGCGCGGGGCUGUGGUUAUAGGGAGGCAUUUGUAGCCAUUACUCAAGAGGAGGUAAUAAAAGGAAUUGCAAAGUUAAGGGCUGCAAAAGGACCAGUGCUGCUAGAAAUCAAGACAAGAACAGGGGCCAGGAAAGAUCUGGGGCGACCAAAAACAAAACCUUUAGAAAAUAAAGAUGACUUUAUGCAUUUCUUAGCGCUAUCUAAAUAACUUUGAUCUCGUACAUCAAAUCUAUACUUUUUUCCAAACUCCUUUUAAUUACUUUAUUAAGUUGUUUGUCACAAAAGUUAUUUACAAGAUCUGCAAUACCCUUUUAUAAAAUGUAAAACAACUGAACAUCCAUUUUUAGCUCACCUGUCACGAAGUGACAUGGUGAGCUUAUUUGACUGUUGAUGUCCGGCGUCCGUUGUGCGUGCGUGCGUGUUUCCGUCAACAAUUUGUUUGUGUAGACAGAAGAGGCUACAGUUUUCAUCCAAUCUUUAUGAAAUUUGGUCAGAAUGUUUAUCUUGAUGAAUCUGGGUUGGGAUUGUAUUUGGGUCAUCAGGGGUCAAAAACUAGGUCACUAGGUCAAAUUAUAUUAAAACCUUGUGUAGACGAUAGAGGUCACAGUUUUCAUCCAAUCUUUAUGAAAUUUGGUCAGAAUGUUUAUCUUGAUGAAUCUGGGUUGGGAUCGUAUUUGGGUCAUCAGGGGUCAAAAACUAGGUCACUAGGUCAAAUAAUAUAAAAACCUUGUGUAGACAAUAGAGGUCAUAGUUUUCAUCCAAUCUUUAUGAAAUUUAGUCAGAAUGUUUAUUUUAAUCAAAUCUGGGUUGGGAUUGUAUUUGGGUCAUCUGGGGUCAAAAACUAGGUCACUAGGUCAAAUAAUAGAACAAAACUUGUGUAGACAAUAGAGGUCACAGUUUUCAUCCAAUCUUUAUGAAAUUUGGUCAGAAUGUUUAUCUUGAUGAAAUCUGGGUUGGGUUGUAUUUAGGUCAUCUGGGGUCAAAGUCUAGGUCACUAGGUCAAAUAAUAUAAAAACCUUGUGUAGACAAUAGAGGUCACAGUUUUCAUCAGAUGUUUAUGAAAUUUGGUCAGAAUGUUUAUCUUAAUAAUAUCUGAUUUUGGAUCGUAUAUGGGUCAUCUGGGGUCAAAAUUAGGUCACCGGGCCAAUUCUAGUAAAACCUUGUGUAGAUGAAAGAGAUCACAGUUUUCAUCAUGUCUUAAUGAAAUUUUGUCAGAAUGUAUUAAUUAAUGAAAUGGGGCUUGGGAUUGUAUAUUGGUAUGAUAGAAUUUAAGUUGCUGUAGCAAGGUUAGUCAGGUGAGCGAUUUAGGGCCAUCAUGACCCUCUUGUUUUUGUUAGUUUCUGUGAUUAUGAUUUUUGUCUAAUAACAGAGGUUUUACCGGAUACGCAAUCAUGCAUGCCAUAUGUCCUUAUCUUGGCGGGAAACCCCCGUUUUCGGGAUACCAGUCAUACGUUCUAUACAUGCGACUAUUUUUGCUGACAUUAACCUACUGGGGUCUCCCAUCCUUCUAAAUUGGAUCAAUUUAUUUCCAAAAUUAGGGAUGUCUAGUAUAUUUAUUUCUAUAUUUAGAAUAUUUCUUACAGAAAUUGCUUUAAGGAAACUGCAGUGCAGACCCAGAUGAGACUCCACAUCAUGCAGCGCCUUAUCUGGGUCUACGCUGUUUGCCAAGGCCUUUUUUCUAGACGCUAGGCAUAAAUGGGUUAAGAAAAAACUGUGCUUGUACUAUAAGUAUACUUUAAAUGUGAAAAAAAGUUAGGUAAAAUUUUACCAGCAUUCACUUUUGUAUUGCACAAUAAAUAGCUAGCAUUAAUGUGUUUAACUAUUCUGUCACAAACAGAAGCGGAAUUUGUUCAGUCAGAUGUAUGGGAAAAACUAUAGCCAUGAGUGUAAUGUGUGUGUGUUUAUAUUUUUUGCUAUAUAUAUGUGUUUUAAGUUUUAAUAUAAUGACUCCAGUCUUUUCUUUCAAUGGCUGUGUGUUAAGGCUCUCUUAUAUGUGCCAGGCUUAACGAUACUUCACAAACAUGAAUUAAGCAGUUGUCCUAUUUUUGCUCUCUUUUAUUUUAAAGUGCAACAAGCUGCAAUUAUUUUGAUGACAUGAUCUGCUAACAUUCUUUGCUUUUUAAGUUAAAAUGUAUUGUUUAUUUUUAAGAGUUAUUUUUUCUUGUUGUUGAUUUUGUUAUUUUACAACAAUAAUGUGUUUUGUGUCCUGUGUAGAAUCGUCUUUGUUUGUCAUGUAUCAAACUAUAACUAUUUUUUCUAUGCCAGUAAAAAAACUUACAUCCAAUAUUUAUUGCCAUUAAAUCACAAGUAAUUGUGCCUUGGUUAUUUAGAACCCAAACAAUAUAACGUUUCUCACAUCUUAGUGACAAUAAAGCAAAUCUUAAAUUAUAAUGUAUAUUUUAUUAGCUCAUCUAAGAACAAUGUGCUCAUUGUGAACUUGUAUGAUUGCCUAUUGUACGGCAUAUAAAUCAUGUGUUGUGUAUGGUUAACCCUUUGCAUGCUGGGUAAUUUGUCAUCUGCUAAAAUGUCAUCUGCUGAAUUACUCAAAUUAGCAUUUUCUUCGAUUUUUUUCAAAGAAUAGCAAACAGUUUGGAUCCAGAUGAGACGCCACGUUCUGUGGCGUCUCAUCUGGAUCCAAACUGUGUGCAAAGGCCUUAAAAAUUCGGUUCCAGCACUGUAAGGUUUAACAUUUAUCGUGUUAAUAAUCAAGAUGCCACAUUUUUGUCCGAUCUUCAUGAAACUCUGCGGGACAACUUUUCUCAUAUGGCCGUAAUAAAGCUUUGUUACACUCUAAAAGACACAUUCUUUGAAGAACAUAUGCCCAAAUGAAAUCUUGUCUUAGAUUGAUUUUGGUCACUUGUUCAAAUAAAAUAAAGCCUUUUAACACUUGAAAAGUCAAUUUUUUGUCAAAUCUUUAUGAACGUUAAUUUUGUUUUAAUGAUAUAUAAGCCAUGUUUGAAAAUAGCAAUAUGAUCCAAGGAGUCAACUGUAUUAUUUAUUUGUCCUUAGUGAGUGAAGUGAAAUUGUUUAAAAGUAUGACACUAAAAUAUAGUUGCCGUAUUAAUUAUACUUGUGUUACACUUGUAUGUGCAUAAAUAUAGGAAAUAAAUAGUGAUUAUGAGUGUUUUGUAAGAUGAAUGUAGCUUUUGUUUCUAUAAAUUUUAGGGUAAUUGGUAAAUACAACGGAGGUCUCUGUGAAAACCAGAUUUGAUGCAUGUAAAGUAUAGUUGGAGAUUAGCCUGUUAAGUCCGCUGCAGCUUAUUAGGGAUAAAAACUGUCUGCUGAGACUGAAUAUUUGUAUAUAAAAGACUUCCUUUGAAAAACAAAAUUCAUUAAAAGAAGAAAGUGUCAAUUUUGAUAAGCAUGUGGGACUGCACAGUUUAAUCUUUGGCAAUAUUUUGGGCACAUGGAUGAAGCUUAGAUGUCCAUUAAACUGGCUCAAUUAUUUAUGUCUUUCUUGUUUUACAUAUUGCUUGAAUUGUUUUGUUUAUAACUAAAGCAAACCACUUUCAAACCUGCUUGAUGAUUAUUCCAUCAAUCUAUUUCCAAGUUCAAUCAAUUAUAAUUCAAUUGACAAUUGCAUUCAAUUAUGGAUUUAUAAUAAAUAACAGUUGUUU